AUGAGCUGCGUCCUCGGCCACGUCCUCCUGCUGGACCUGCUGCUGCUGCUGGCCUGCGGGGCCCACGGCGACCUCCCGCCCAACGUCACGCGCCUGGGGGAGCUUCUGGGUCGGUACCACCAGGAUGCGCCGCACGCCCGCGUGCGCAGAGCCAUCCCCAAGGCCGACAAGGAGGAGAUCCUCUCGCUUCACAACCAGCUGCGAGGCCAGGUGUACCCGCCGGCCUCCAAUAUGGAGUACAUGACCUGGGAUGAGGAGCUGGAGAAGUCCGCGGCAGCCUGGGCCCACGAGUGCAUCUGGGAGCAUGGGCCCACUGGGCUGCUGGUGUCCCUCGGCCAGAACCUGGCUGUCCACUGGGGCAGGUACCGCUCCCCCAGCUCCCACGUGCAGACCUGGUACGACGAGGUGAAGGACUACACUUACCCCUACCCGCACGAGUGCAACCCCUGGUGUCCCGAGCGGUGCACGGGGACCAUGUGCACCCACUACACACAGAUAGUCUGGGCCACCACUAACAAGGUCGGCUGUGCCGUGAACACCUGUCAGAGGAUGACCGUCUGGGGCGAAGUCUGGGAGAACGCUGUCUACCUCGUCUGCAACUACUCUCCAAAGGGGAACUGGAUCGGAGAAGCCCCCUACAAGAACGGCCAGCCCUGCUCCGAGUGUCCGCCCAGCUACGGGGGCAGCUGCAGGAACAACCUGUGUUACCAAGAAGAGACGUCCCAUCACAAACCCGAAACGGACGAGAUGAACGAGGUGGAAACGGCCCCUGUUCCUGAAGAAAAUCACGUCCGGGUCCAACCCAGGGUGACCAGACCCACCAGGCCCAAGAAAGCCGAGGCGGUCAGCUACAUGACCCAAGCUGUGAGAUGUGACACCAAAAUGAAGGACAGGUGUAGAGGAUCCACGUGCAACAGGUACCAGUGCCCAGCAGGCUGCCUCAGCAGCAAGGAGGCCAGGAUCUUUGGGACUCUGUUCUACGAAAGCGCGUCCAGCAUCUGCCGGGCCGCCAUCCACUACGGAGUCAUUGACGACCAGGGAGGGCUGGUGGACGUCACCAGGAACGGGAAGGUCCCCUUCUUCGUGAAGUCGGAGCGACAUGGUGUGCAGUCGCUGAGCAAAUACAAAGCUUCCAGCUCAUUCAUGGUGUCGAAAGUGAAAGUGCAGGACUUGGACUGCUACACCACGGUGGCCCAGCUCUGCCCGUUUGAAAAGCCAGUGACCCACUGCCCCAGAGUCCGCUGUCCAGCACACUGCAGAGACGAGCCGUCCUACUGGGCUCCCGUGUUUGGGACCAACAUCUAUGCGGAUACCUCAAGCAUCUGCAAAACGGCCGUGCACGCAGGCGUCAUUGUGAACGAGAGCGGGGGCGACGUGGACGUGAUGCCCGUGGACAAGAAAAAGGCCUACGUGGGCUCGCUCAGGAACGGGGUGCAGUCGGAAAGCCUGGGGACACCUCGGGACGGAAAGGCCUUCCGGAUCUUUGCGGUCAGGCAGUGACCCUCCAACACCAGGGACAGGCGUCUUCAGGGGGGCUUCAGAGUUUUGCUUUUUUUUAUAUUGUCUUGGGGGG